GGUAAUAGUACGUUUUGGGAAAAAAUUUAUUGAUGGUUCAUUGUUAAAUGUACGACAUUCUAGAGCUUCAAAACACAAAAUUGCCAUACUGAAAAUUAUGAAAAAUACCAAUAGUACAUUUUGGAUUGUCACCCCUCAAUUUAUUAUUACGUGUAAUGACAUCAGAUAAUGAAGAACAAGAACAAAUGGCAAAAAAAGACACAUGAUUCCAGUAUCUGAUACUGAUAGCACAGAAGACGAAGGUAUGGUGGAUUUUUUUUAAGGAUAUGUUUCACAUUAUUAUUUACACUGAUUCUGAAAAAAACAUAUAGCGACAGCACUUCGGUAAUGGUUAAUAUUUAAUUUAAAUGUUUUGUAUCUAGAAACUGGUUUUGUUAUUGCUCCAGCUAUAUCUAGUAGUUUGUUGAUAGGCUCGCAAGACAUGGAUUUUAUAAAUGACAUACCACAAUUAUUAUCUACUAAUCUGAUAAACACAGAUAUUAUGUCAAUUACAGCAGAUCAACAUUUUACAGGAACAUCUAUCUUAGAACAGGUACCGAAUUUUGAAGGAUAUCAAAAUGAUCAAAGCACCACACAAAUCUUAGUAUCUUCAAAUGACACCAACACAAAUUUAAGUACAUAUGAAGGUAUUAUAGCGGAGCGCAGGUUACAAAAAAUACUUGAUUUGUCAUGUGAAAAUAAUAAUAACAGUAGAGACCAUGAACAAAAUAUUAUCCCUAGCUUUGCAGAUAUUAUUGCAUCUUCAACAAUAGUAUUCGAUGAAAACUCCUACUCUGGUCAGAAUGUUGAUUUUACUGAAAAUGAGGUACUAGCUAUCCCUAUUGAAGAAUAUUUUAGUUUCUCUAAUGAAGAUAACCUUGAUCAAGCAGAUCACAAUGUUUUCACUGAAGAAAAUGAAAACAUAAAUAAUGUUGAAAUCAUAACACUUCCAUUUGACUUGAAUAAUCCUAUUAUUGAAAGUGACAUUCAGGAAACUGACAAUAUAGAUAAUAAUAUGGAACAGGUACAGGAAGUAGCACAAAAUAUAAAAAAUAAUAACCGUAAUAUAAAACCUAGACCAGAUAAGUGGAAAAGAAAAACCAGCCAGAAAUUGAGGAUAAAUAGUGAAGAUUAUAUAGGCUAUCAGAGAAAGGGAAAUGUAGUAUCUCAAGAUGUUACUCGUUCGGCCAAGAAGAUACAACCUACGUGCAACUCAAAAUGUUGUAAAAAGUCAAAUAGUCGUUUCUGUCAUACCUUUGAUGAAAAUCAAAGAUCAAAAAUAUUUUCAUCCUUUUGGAAAGCUUCUUGGGAUGAAGAGAAAACAUUGGUAUCAAGUAUAGUUACUCAAAUAAAUACUAAAUGUAACACAACUGGAUCAACAGAAAACCGUAGACGAUCGAACACUUACUUGUACCAUUUAAAAUAUCAAAACUCACCACCAUUACCUGUAUGCAAGAAAAUGUUUUUAGGUACUUUAGGGAUUAGGGAGUGUAUGUUAUACAAUUGCGUAAAAGGAUCAGCCAAUAGAUUACCAAAAAAAAAAUAUAAUGUCUUCCUAUAGUAAUGUUUUAGGUGAAA